AUGAUCGUGGAUGCCGUUGAUUACGCCAAGAAAUCGAAAAUCAGGUGGGUCCGACACGUUACGCGAUAUAGUGAUUACCGACCGCCGCCAUCGCAAUGGUCACACAUUUUCACAAAAGCUCUGAACGAAAGGGAUGUUGGACCUCGUGUCCCUGUAACGAGGACGAUUCACUGGACCACUCUGGCUCGUGACAGGGACGAAUUGAGACGUUCCCGCCACCCGUUCGAGGAAGUCGAUGAUCAACGGGACGGCGAGUGA